GAAGGCGCUAGUUUAGCAAUGAAGGCGCUGCUUUAGCGCAGUUUAACGUCUUGCUUUCGGCUAACUGUCCGAAACUUCCCCUCGGAGCGCUGAUACACAUUCAGCCGUAACGUAAACAUGUCGCUGAGCGCGUCGUGUGGAGUGGCCCCUCAGAAGAGGACUCUGUCGAGCCUCCUCGCUGGCCGCGUGGUGAAGAGGCCGAGGCCGGACGCGGCUCCGCGGCUGCAGGAGGCGGCGCUGCAGCUGCUGGAGCAGCAGCAGGACCUGCGCGGUCUGCUGCGGGAGGUCUGGAAUCGAGAUCCGGCAAACAUCGUCACUCAGAAACCGUCUGACGGGGCCACGUCCACCACCGGCGCAGGGCCCCUGCUGGCGGGCGAGCUGCGGCGGCGGGCCUCACAGCUGGGGGUCCCGGCGGCGGCGCUGGCGGUGAAGAUGACGCUGGAGAGGCUGACGGAGAUCGUGGGAAGCGAGGACGAAGAUCAGCACGGAGGCGUCCUCGCCUCCUCUCAGCGAGUCCAGCUGGGCCUCCUGCUGGAGUCCAGCAGAGAGCUGAUGUCACAGGGAGCGCUGAGCCCUCUACUGCUGUGGCAGGAGUACAGGAGGGACCAGACGCUCCCCCACAUGGAGCUGGUGCUCCGCCUCCACUCUCACAACAUCCUCAGCCUGACGUCCAUCAUCGAGACUGAUGAAGACGCGAGGCUGUGGCUGGUGUCUGGGAUGAAGGCGCUGUGCGGCUGGACGAGCAGACGGGACGAGGAGACCGACCGAGUCCGGCAGGAAGUGAUGUCGACUGUGGUGGGGGUCUUGGUGGGAAGUGGCUUUGAUCCGACGCAGGACCCAGCGGCCCCCGACCGGAGGGCCCCCCCGCUCUGCUGCUCGGUGCUGGACGACAUGCUCUCCUGGCUGCUGGACGCCGUGGAGGACCGUCAGGGGCCCGCAGCGGGGGCCGAGCUGUGGAUCCGGGUGUUGGACGCCUCGCUGUGCGGCGCCUCGGCGUCGGCGGAGAGCCUCCGGCGCUUCUUCACGCACGCCCUCACGCGGACGCUCACGCACAAGCCUCGACUCACCGUGUCCGACGCCAUCGCUCUGCAGAAGGAGUGGACCUUCGCCAAAGCCGAGCGCUCGCUGACCGCUCUGUUCCGGAAGCUGGCCGUGGUCUCCAGCGUGGAGCAGCUGCUCCGUCACCUGCAGCAGGUUCUGGAAACCCACGAGGUCAACUGGAAGCACGUGCUGAGCUUCCUAUCCACGCUGCUGGUCUACAACCCCGGAGCCCAGCGCAGCCUGACGGAGCUGCUGUCCAGACUGCUAAGCUCGGCGUUCCAAGGCUACGACCUGGAGAACAUGAUCACGGCCUUCCUGUUGGCCCGACAGGGGGCGCUGGAGGGACCCGCCAUCUUCCCCUCCUACAGCACCUGGUUCAAGAUGUCUUUCGGGGGGGGCAGCUGCCUCCAUGCGGGCAGUAAGAAGUCGGUGGUGUUUCUGCUGAAGUUUCUCUCUGACCUGGUGCCCUUUGAACCCUCGCAGUACCUCAAGGUUCACGUCCUGCAGCCUCCGUACGUACGCGUGAAGCACCGCGGCCUCCUGAUGGAGUACGUCUCUCUGGCCAAGACCCGGCUGGCCGACCUCAAGGAGUCGGUGGAGGACAUGGGGCUGUACGAGGACGGCUCAGGAGGAGCGGCACUGCAGCCGCAGUGCCAGGCCGCCCAGGACGUGGAGAGGGCGGUGUCUCUGUUUGAGAGCACGGGGCGGAUCUCUGCCACCGUGAUGGAGGCCAGUAUCUUCCGGCGGCCGUAUUUCCUGGCGUGGUUCCUCUCCGCUCUGAUGACCCCGAGGACGCUUCCCGUGAAAGCCGACGCUCGGAUGAGUUUCAUCGAGGCUCUGAGGAAGGCCGAUAAGAUCCCCGCUGCACAGCACUCCUCUUACCUGGAGUCCUGUCACAAGCACCGGCAGCAGAACGGAGGAGCCGAGGGCCCGGACGCCAGCGACGAGCCUCUGGAGGUCCUGAAGAAGCAGCUGCAGGAAUGCACCGAGCUGCUGGAGGAGGGGCGUGACGGAGAGAUGUCGGCCCAGCUGUCCAGGGUCUCUCACACUCUGAGCGCCAUCUUUCCUGGCCACCCCGAUGAGCCGGUCGGUCGGACGGUCAUUGAACUGCACACGAGCGUCCGGCCGGCCCCCGAGCUGCACGUCAGAGCCGUCAACUUGAUCCUGAGGAGCUUCUGCCGGUGUGUGCUGGAGGCCUCCAGAGGAAACGCUCCCAGCAAACAAAGCCCGUGGGCCUCCAGGUUCGUCGGUGCGUUGCUCGGCAACACGCAGCUCGUCUCCGGCCUCCUGCACGCGGUCUGGGACCUCUUUCACAACCAGGCGUCGCUGCUGAGCCCCGCCCACCUGCUCGGCCUGGCGGCGUUCGUGGUGCACCUCCACGCCGGCACGCCCCGCGGCCCUCUGGUCCUUCUGGCCCCGCCCACCGCGCAGCCGGAGCCGGUCGGCGUGGCGGCGGCUCUGAGCUCGGCGCUGGUCUGCAGCUCGCAGGCCGACAUGCUCUUCUGCAUCCGGUUGUGUGUGGCGGCCGUGUGCUACGGGAUCUGCAGGGGGGGCCAGCAGCAGGACUACAUCCCCCACAGCCUCUACAAGAAGCUCCUCUUCCUCAUCCCAAGACUGGUGCCUGAAGCCAGAGGAAGUCCCGUCUAUGACCACCAGGGGGCACGUCCACCAGACCUGUGGGCCAGUGCCACGGAUGCCAGCGCCACCUGGAGGAAGACGGCGUGGCGUCUGUGGAGGCACCCGGCGUUCCGUCAGCUGGAGAGCGAGCCUCAGUACCAGUUGUCGUUCUCAGAGUGGCUCGAUGUCGAGAUCCAGGUGCAGAGGAGUGAAGACGCCCUGACAGACCCAGAACGGCAGCAGUACCAGCAGUGGGCCUGCUGCCAGCUCUACCUGUCCCGUCCGGUGCAGCAUGGCGGCUGUGGAGGAGACAGCAGGGCGCUCUGCUCUCACCUGUUCAGCGCCGUCAUGGAGCAGCAGCUCAGCAACCAGAAGAGGCCCCGAGGGAGCUGCCUGCCCGACCUCCUGGCCCGCCUACAGGAGGUCGUCUAUGACAUGGAAGUGACCGACCGCUCCAGCUCGUGUGACUUCCUGUUGGACUUGUUGAGUCAGAGAUGUUCCAGAGAGACCAGCCAGCAGCUCACCCUGAACGCCUGGAACAGGGUGCUGCUGGCUCUCCCCGCGGUGCUGCUCGUCAAGGUGAAGUCUGAAGGGGGCGGAGCCUCUCUGGACUGUGACGCGCUCAUAGAACAUGUCAACCUGCACCAGAGGAAGGCGUGUUCUCCGGCCGGCCUGCUCUCCUGCCACCUGACGUCUCACCUCCUGAGGGGUCUGUUGGGUGCCAGCGCUCGCUGCAGACUCCCGGGGGAGGAGGUCAACAGAAUCUGGUCCCAGAUCAGCCAGCGCUGCCCGCUGCUGCUGCUCUCCACGGCGCACUGGUGGGAGUGUGUGUCUCCGGUGCUGUCCUCCCUGUGGAGUCGUCUCUGUGAUGGAGCUCCUCUACCAGAGCAGCUGCAGCUCCUCUCUGACUGCCACACCUGGGCCUGCAGCUUGGGGGAGGGGCUGCCGUCGGCGUCGGAUCCCGCGGCCGGCGCUCUGCUGCUUGCUGCCAGUCUGCACCGGGCCUGGAGCCACGACCAGGACCACCAGGACCACCAGGCCCAGAGAUUCACCAACGCCCUGAAGGUCCUGCAGCCAGAGACGAGCACGCAGCACCAACAGGUGCUGGUGUUCCUCCUCUUCCUGUGUGUCCAGGACCACCUGACCUCCCUCCUGUAUCCUCAGGAGAGGAGCCGAGGAGCCGAGGAGCUCUGCAGCCGCCUCCUGGUGGCGCUGGUGGACUCCACCGAUUGGCUGCUGGUCUUCCAGCCACACGAUCAGGGCGUCUACCAGCUGGUCGCCAUGGCGAUGUCAGAUGAGAUGACCCGACUGAUGCCAUGGGCCUUCUACAGCCUGCUGCUGCCUCAGCGCGUGGAGCUGCUGCAGAGAGCGGUGCUCUGCCCGGGGUUCCUCGCCACCGCCGUCCUCUGCUACCUCGGCCUGCUGCGGCUGCACCUGGACGGACGGGUUACCACGGCGACCGGCGAGCCCCAUCAGGUGACCGACACGACGCGGUGCAUCGGGCGAGGUGCGGUUCGGCGCGGCGGCGUUUCAAACCUGCGACUUUGUCUCGCCCAGGUGGAGCCUUCCCGGAUUCUGAGCGGCGCCAAGCAGUUCCUCCUGAGGGCGGCGCCACAGGCUCCUCCCACCGCGCUGUGCUCCAGCCGACUCAGACAGCUGCGGCCCCAGUGUGCAGACCUGGACCCCGAGGUGGCCGCGGCGCUCGCCACGCACCUGGACCCGCACGACCUCAGUCCAGAGAUGGACUUCCUCUGAACGGGAGAGGGGGGUGUGUGUGUGUGUGUGUGUGUGUGUGUGUGUGUGUGUGUGUGUGUGUGUGUGUGUGUGUGUGUGUGUGUGUGUGUGUGUGUGUGUGUGUGUGUGUGUGUGUGUGUGUGUGUGUGUGUGUGUGUGUGUGUGUGUGUGUGUGUGUGUGUGUGGAUUCUUCAUCCCCGCAGCAGGUUCUUCCUCUGGUUGUAAACGGACAUGUUCAGGUCACAUGACUUUAGUCCACAUGACAUCAGGAGCUCAGAGUAUUGUAAUAACUUAAAAAACUACGUAAUAAAACUCCCGUGAGGUCA